CAACUGAUCGAGAGCAAACAUCGAGAGUCCUGCAGCCCGUGACCGUGACGCUUUCUUCGCGCUCCUGUCCAGCAGCUAAUUCAGUUCAAUCAAUGGCAGCUAACCAACGAUAGUCACAAUUGAUUCAAGUGAUCUACCAUCGAUUGCUAGAGGUAAAAGCUAACUAGCUCUGUGGUGCUCGUUUCGGGGCGCCGACGUUGAACCAUCGAUUUGGAAGCUGCGGCAACGUGGCGCCCCCUGCUCCUCGCUGAGUCAACUGAACUCACACCACACGACAACUAACCGCGAUCGCGAAUGAUUUGUUUAACCUGAUCUGAGCUUUCCUGCAUGCACACAGACACAGUCGUUAGUUCAAGCUUAAUUUAUGAACCAGAGAUUCAUAAACACAUCGAAUUCCAAUGCCGUCGUCGGCCCUUCUCUUCCUGCUCGUCGCCCACCUCGCCGUCGGCGAGCCCACGACCCUCGCUGCCACGCCGUCGACGCUGACCAAGUCAGACCACGCAAUCACCCUCCGGUGGUCGAACCUCCCCGACCCGAGCCCACUCGACUACUCCCCGCCGUCGUCCGCCGACCUCGACUACCUCGGCUUCCUCUUGCUCAACUCCUCCGCCUCCUGGGCUACGGGUGCCGACAGCCUCACGCUCCCGCGCCUGCCCGACCUUCGCGCCCCCUACCAGUUACGCCUGUUCCGGGGGCUACCGCCGCCAGUCGAGCGCUCCAAGGGUCCGCUCGUUGACCAGGACGGGGACCCGGCCGCUCCCCAACGCCGGCACCGGCGCCGCCGUCUCCGGCAAUGUGGCCUACGAGGGAUCUGGCGCGCGGCCCGCUGAUCGGCGAGAGGAGGAUUGGGAAUAGGUGCCGGCAGAGGCCACGACAUACGAGCAGCGGCAUAUGUGCGGCUACCCGGCGAACGACAGCGUCGGCUGGCGGCACCCUGGGUUCGUCUUCGACCGCGUGAUGAAGGGGUGCAGCCGGGACAAAGUACUUCUACAAGGUAGAUAAAUGUAUGACUUGUAUGGAUUUUGCAAGUUUUCACUUGUACAAAGUUAGAUAGAUACUUCUAACUUGCAUGGAUUUGUGGAAACAUUGUGAUCUGAGGGUUUGAUUUCCUGAGAAACAAAGCUCAUUUUAGCACCUGGUGCUGGUAAUGACUGUCAGAUUCAA